UGGUGUUUCUGACAGGCUCUGUAAUAGCUGUGGGUCAUUCAAAGGUCGACCGGUCAUUGCUGCAGCUACUUACCAACUGACACUAGUUUUCUAUACAGAUAAUUUUCAUAGGACUCGAAUGUAUCUCCACGCAAUGCGCCCCCAGUCAGCAUCUCAAGUUUAGUCGCUUCGAAGCCCAAGUGGCCAUUGUUCGCUUCCGUGAUCCAGUUGGGAAGAGAUGGCUCAGGAAGAAAAUGAUUCCCUCCAAAUCGCUUUCAUGUCUUCUUACCCUGCCGGCGCUUGCCUUGCUCUCGCUGACAGCGACUGCUUUGCCUCAUCCUCGGUCAGCUUCGAGCACGGCUUCCCUCAAGCUCUCCGUUAGAAUCAACUCUAACGGGCUCAAGAACAUCGCUGCCGUAGAUCGAGCUCGAUUCCGAGCCUUACAAACUGGCGGCAGCUCUUCCAUCAAUGCAACCAAUGCUGCGACGAUAUACACCGCUGAUGUUGGCGUGGGGAGUCCCGCAACGUACUACACACUCCUGAUAGACACUGGAAGCUCAAAUACCUGGAUCGGGGCUGGCACGCCCUACACGAAGACUUCUACGAGCCGAGACACAGGCGGUCAAUUCUCCGUUACAUAUGGCGACGGGAGUUCCGUUUCUGGAGAGGAAUACACGGACACCGUAACGCUCAACUCUGAUCUGGUCAUCGAAAACCAAUCUAUUGGCGUUGCAUCUACUUCCCCAGGGUUCUAUGGUCUGGAUGGACUUCUUGGCCUUGGGCCAGCCGACUUGACAGAAGGCACCGUCACUAAUGUAAAUGAAGUUCCGACUGUGACGGACAACCUUUAUACGCAGGGAACAAUUGGUUCGGAAGUACUUGGAGUGUUCUUUGCACCUGCUUCCUCUGAUGAUAGCAGCGGUGAGCUCACAUUCGGCGGUUAUGACGCAUCCAAAAUUACUGGAAACAUCAACUAUGUGCCGAUCACAUCAACAUCUCCAGCGAGUGCAUAUUGGGGUAUUGAUCAAUCCAUCAGCUAUGGGUCUGCGUCCAUCUUGACCGAGACCGCUGGUAUCGUUGACACCGGAACCACCCUCAUUCUCAUUGCCAGUGAUGGCUUCAGCAAGUAUCAGUCUGCGACGGGGGGAACUCUCGAUGAGGCCACUGGCUUGUUAAAGAUCACAUCCGACCAAUACGACCAGCUCUCAUCCUUGUAUUUCACUAUCGGCGGUGUUACUUAUGAGCUGACUCCGAAUGGGCAAAUAUGGCCUCGGUCAUUGAACAGCGCCAUUGGCGGUACCACCGACGGUAUAUACCUGGUUGUUGCUGACAGCGGGACCACCUCUGGUUCUGGUUUGGAUUUUACAAACGGCUACUGUUUCCUCGAGCGUUUUUACUCGGUGUAUGACACGACGAACUCCCGGGUCGGGUUCGCCACGACUAAGUACACCCAUGCGACGUCGAAUUAACUUCCACCCACGACAAGAUCAUGGUUCUACCCAUUUACCUGACGAACGAUACUUAAAUUUCUAGUGUAUGAUGUCAUCGGUACAUGGAUGAGAGCA